GUGUCGGGAGCACUUCUCACCGUUUCUUUAGCCUAUCUUGAAUUGAAUACCAAAUACAGCAGGGGCAGUACAUCUUUCUAUUACAUUGUACUGCACGAGAGCAGGCUGUCAGCCUCAUUGUGUGGCAGUUGGGCAGGUAGGGACGACCGGGUAGAAUAUUCGGCGACUAUUUCUGCGACCUCCCGUCGCCUCACGUUCGACUUUGACCCAAGCUCAACCCCGACUCUUUCACAAAGCGUUGUCCCAUAGAUUUCUAUAGCUAGGUGGAUGCAGAUUCAGUUUCUGAUGCGCUGUUCAAUGCCCUUCUUGCUUCGGAAUACUGCUGUCGUGCAAUCCUCCGGAUUGCCCCGAAAAAGAUUGUUUGCUUUAUGGUGUUACUACAAGCACUUUUAUAAGUUGCUACCCAUGACGGCCCUCUCUCGACGAGUAAAAUGUCUAACUGGUCUAUGUCAUCUCUUUUCUGCUGCCGAAAGCCACGCAAGCCUUCCAAACAUCGAAGGCAUGCUCACAAUCGAAACUAUAAUAACCCUGUUGCCCUCCAUCCAUCACUCCCUCUCCCAACACCCAGACCUUUCCCUUCUUAUUCUGAAACUCCACAACCGCUACUUGGAAACUCGUUUCCUUUUCCUUCUCCUCAACCGCCAUCACCUGCAUUCUUCCCACAGUCAGAUCCCCAAAGCUUUUUAGAGCCACGGGGCCCAAGGCCAAUAACGCCCGUCUUUAUUGAGCCUCCUCCACAUAUCCCACAACCACCAAGUCCAAUUCUUUUGCAUCGGCCACAUCCACCUCCAAGACCUCCAGUAGUUCUUGAACGCCCCCGUCCACUACCAAGAUUGAGACCCCCUCGCCCAGUUCUUCUUGAGCCACUUAGGCCAGUAGCGAGAGCGAUACUACCUCGGCUGUUGCGUAGUCCCAGAAUCAGACCUAUAAUAAACUCACCACCUCCUCCACCAAUUGUGAUAAACCAGUCCCCUCCUCCACCAGUUUAUGUUUCGCAUCCGCCACCACAGCAGAUCAUACAACCUCCAGCACAACCAAUACAUACCAUAAUCAAUCAACAACAACCUACACCCGCUAACCACAUAAUUUGUCAUCCUCCUCCUCGAAGUCCUACGCCGUCGCGAAAGGGAUCUUCCGAGGAUAAGUCACUAACCAAAAAUCCAACAGGAAAGGGGUGUCAAAGCAAACCAAGCAACCAACCGACUGGCCAGGGCAAGCCUCCAGGCAAAACACCAAGUACAGGUACAAAAUUAAUCCAAAGCAACCCUUCCAAUUUCGACUCUCGAACCUUGGGAGCAACUCGGCGAUCAUCUCGUCGGGUUACUGGUAUAUUGGUUAGCGAAGAAGACACGACAAAGGGUACAUUAAUCAUCACCAAAGAGAACAUAUAAAUCAAGUCGACGAAGUCUAUUCCCCUCUUCAAAAAAAUAAACACAUCCCCACCCUUCACCACCAUCCAAACGCAAACCUGUAACCUUCUCAACCCCUUACCCUGUGUCCCCAUCUCUAACCAACUCCAGCACCAAUCCACAACUCACCAUCCAUGCCCCUCGGAGCCCCCUUCCGCACGACAUCCGACCUGUCCCUCGAGACCAUGGUCCGAAGCAUCGACUCGGAAGCCGUGUUACGGGACGUCUUCUGUCGGAUCAUGGGGGGUGAUUACUUUUCCCGUGACCCGGAGGUGAGGCGGAGUGGGCUGGUGAGUGCGAGGGAUGUGGGUGUUGAGUAUACGGUUGAAGAGGCAGUGAGGUUGGAUGAUAUUAGGAGGUUCGUUAUUUUUUUCUUUUUCUUUUUCUUUUUCUUUUUACCUGUUUGCUGGCCUCGAUCAAACCGGUUUUGACCAUUCUGGUUAUUUUGGGUUUUUCUUUUGUUUGGGUGAUUGGGGGGUUGAUGGGGAUCGUGGUUUGUUUGUCGUUGUACAGAGUCGAUGGUUUUUGGGUGUGAGUAUUUUGCUGACAAUGGGAUAGAAUCAACCUCACGGUUCAGAUUGCUAAUAGUGGUGUGACGCCACGUAUGCCAUACGCCGAGAUCCAUCCCAAACUUAGUGUGGAAGAUGGGAGGUACCCGAGGGACUUUGAUUACCCUCGGAGAAUCGAGGAGUUUCUGGUCAUGGAGUGUUAGUUCCUCUUGCCUUCAUGUCCUCCUUUUACCCUUCCUUAUAUCACACCCUUUCGUCCAUCUCGUCCUCUCUUUCGCACUCUGAAUUCCCAUCCAUAGUCCUCUGGCGCUUGAUAAGUCAUGAAACUACACCAUACUAACCAAAAACCCACAGCCCAAACCCUCGACCGCAUCCUAACAACCUACUCCCUCCCCCUCACCCACACCCCCCACUCACCCCCUCGCACCCCCUUCCUCAGCGCGGGACUCCACCGCCUCGAAGCAGCCCGCGAAGCAAAACUCAUCGCCCUAUUCCAAUACCUAGGCGUCAACCUCUCCGACUCUUACGCCUCAGAUUUGUACCCCUCCCGCUCCACAGAUCUAUAUCGUGCCUCGGAUUCAACGACUUCACGACGCAUCACGGAUGAGGAUUUGAUUGGUGCUGCGGGGUUGGUGCAUACGGGUGUUUUGGUGGGCACGGGUGGGAUCAAUGGUGUCACUGGUAGGAGUCUUGUCCUUGGGACGCUUGAGGGAGUUGGUGGGAGGCAUCGGGAUAGAGAGCGGGAGAGGGAGGAAAGGGAUAGAUUGGGGUUUUGUGGGACGUAUUUGGCGGGGAGAAGGGGACUUGGGAGUGGGAUUUAGAGGGUGGUUUGUUUUCUUUUGUUUAUUUCUGCUGUUUGUUCGUUUUUCCUUUAGUGGGGGUUUUGUUUCUUUUGUUGUUUUGUUGCUAAAGUUUUUAGGUCCUGAGUUUGAGAUUCAGAUAAGAUUUAUGAUUCUGAUUUCUUUGUGUUUUUCUUUCGAAGAACCUUUUCGUUGCAGAGACGUGGCGGAUUUCAUAAGGAUACAUGAGAGGGUGCGAUUCUUGGUAUGUCUCCUAGAUUGGAAUCAUGGGAUUUGGGGAACCACGGGAGGGUUGUUUCGGAUAUAGCAUGUUCCUGUCACUCGUUACCAGUUUUUGCUUUCACUAUUGGCAGUUUCUAGAAUUAUGGUGGUUUUUUACUUAAUAUAGUUGGUUUCCCGUUUAUCAUCA